AUGCAGCCGCCGGACAAGGGUGCCUUCCUGUGGUCCACUCGGGGCCUCAUGGUGGUGCUGGCCUCCAGCGUGUGCGGGGUGGGGUAUCUGGACCGCGCCGCGGCGGGCCUUCUGGUGGUCCCCAUGGCCGAGGACGGGCUCGGCUGGAGCAUGGAGGAGGACACUCGCGGGCGCAUCCUCUCCGCCUUCUUCACCGGCUACAUCUGCACGCAGAUCCCCGGCGGGCUGGUGGCGCAGCGGCUGGGGCCGCGGCGCGUGCUGGGCAGCGCGCUGGCGGUGUGGAGCCUGGCCGCGAUGUCGGCGCCAGAGGCCGGCGGACCUCUCCGACGCUGCUGUUCGCCACGUUGUUCGUCAUGGGCUUGGUCCAGGGCCCAAUGA